AUGGCCAAUAAUUUCCUCCACAUAUACUUUUUCAUUUCAAGCUUGGUAGUCUUAAAAAUAUUCGCAAGUGACACCUUGCUCGAAGUCAUAUGCCGCCAGACCCAUGACUCUUCCCUAUGCGCUACCAUCAUCGAAUCCGACCCUCAUUCUGCAACAGCGAACAUCUACGUGCUGGCGGAGGACAUGGUUGAAAUGGGAACUGACGUGGCUACAGGCACCAAAGUCAAGAUCCACUCUCUCAUUCUGUUCGGAAAGGUCGAUCCAAAUCUAAGGCUUCAGCUAGUCAAGUGCCACCAGAUGUAUGAAGACUCCAUAGGUUUCAUGAGGAGUGCAGGUAGUGAGCUCAAGGACGGUAAUUUCAUGAGUUUUGCACAGAGCGGAGCACUAGUGUACGCAUCCGCUAGCAAAUGCAAAGAUGAACUCUCAAAACCACCGAGUAACUCGUCUAUGUUCACAACUGAGAAUCGUCGUCUCCAGACAUUAGGGGAAAUUAUUUAUUUUAUUGGAAAGUUACUUCCUGAUGACUAA